CCUAUCAAAUAUUUAAACACCACGUGCUUUUCCUUUUCAGUGCUUUUAGUUACUUGUAUUGAAUAAUAUUGUAAAUAAUUAAAAUAUUUAACAAUUAAUUAAUAAUAAUUAUCAGGAAAUAUGAAUGUGAUUCCUUGUUGUACAUGGGUUAAAAAAGGAGUUGCUGCUGCUGUUCCUGACAAAGUGCAAUUGACAGCUGAAGAGCUCGAGGGAAUAAUAAAAAAGACUGAAUCAGAUCUAGCAGAUUUGGAAGCUGACUCGGAUGCUGAUUCUGACAAUGAACCAGGAUGUAGUAAUGCUCCAAAGAAAAAUGACACCCCAAAAUCAAUGGACGAUGAGUUUAAUUUUGAGAAUUACGAUGAAGAAGCUGGUGAUAUCAAAGCCAGUAUGGGUGGUCUAGCAUCAAUUAAUCCUGACGGAAAGGAUCCUUAUAUAACAGUAGCAGAAAGCGAUGACAAUGACUCUGAAAAAGAGGACGAUAUUAUUAAACCUGACGAUAAUCUCGUCUUACUAGGACACGUUGACGGAGAUGCUAGUAUUCUCGAAGUAUAUGUUUAUAAUGAAAGAGAAGGUUCAUUUUAUUGUCACCAUGAUAUUUUACUUCCGUCAUUCCCACUGUGUCUUGAAUGGCUAAACUUUGAUCCUUCUGACGCUAAACCAGGAAAUUUUGUUGCCAUCGGAAACAUGACAUCAGUAAUUGAAGUAUGGGAUUUAGAUAUCGUCGAUUGUUUGGAACCUAUUUUUAAACUUGGUUGCAAGCCAAAUAAAAAAAAAAAUAAAAAACGUGUUGGUCAUAAAGAUGCUGUGCUAGAUAUAACAUGGAACGUUAAUUUACCGCAUAUAUUAGCAAGUGGAUCUGUUGACAAAACGGUCUUGUUAUGGGAUAUUGAGAAAGGUAUUCCUGACACAAAGCUCGAUCAGUUUAAUGAAAAAGUCACGACUCUUCAAUGGCAUCCACAGAAACCUUACAUGUUACUCACUGGAUCUGAGGACAAAACAGUAAAAUUAUUUGACUGUCGAACGAGUGAUACUUUCAAAAACUGGGAGACAACUGGAGAAGUUGAACGUGUGCUAUGGAAUCAUUUUGAUCCAAACUAUUUCUUUGUGGGUACCAAAAACGGUAUUGUUGAAUGCAUCGACAUUAGACAAGGACAGCAUUUGUGGCAAGUAAAAGCUCAUGACAAAGAAAUAACAGGUUUAUCACUUAGUGUGUCAUGUCCAGGAUUUUUGGUAACGGCAUCCGAUGACGGAGUAAUUAAAGUAUGGGACUCAUUGGUUCCACAAUUAUUAGAGCCUGUUUGGGAAACAGAAACGAAUUUAGGAGCCAUUCAGUGUCUGACUUCAUCGCCUGAUAGUCCAUUUAUAAUUGCUGCUGGUGGCGAUCAUAAAUCAAACAAUUUCAAAGUAUGGGAUUUAACGGAAGUAACAACAGUAAAUGAAAGAUUCCGAUCAAGAAAAUUGAUUGAACCAGUCCAGAAUAACGAAACUGACCCAGCAAAUAUUCAAGGGUCUGAAGAAAUGGAAGUUACUGAUGAAUAAAUUUUAAAUAAACAACAGAUAAAUUACUUUUUC